AUGUCAUAUCAAUUAAAACAAACAGAUUCAACAUUAAACAAUAAUAGUUAUUCAAUGCAAAGUACGUUUAAGGUAAUGUUGCUUGGAGAUAGCGGAGUAGGCAAAACAUGUCUACUUGUACGAUUUAAAGAUGACACAUUUUUAUGUGGAAGUUUUAUUGCAACUGUGGGCAUUGAUUUUAGAAAUAAAACAAUACAAAUUAAGGAUAAACAAGUAAAAUUACAAAUUUAUGACACAGCUGGUCAAGAACGAUUUCGUAGUGUAACACAUUCAUAUUAUCGUGAUGCAAAUGCUCUAUUAUUAUUAUAUGAUGUUACAUCGAUAAUCUCAUUUAAUAAUGUUCGUGCUUGGCUUAGUGAAAUAAAAGAAUUUGCUCAAGACGAUGUUAUUAUAUGUUUAAUUGCAAAUAAAGUUGAUAAAAUUCCAGAACGAGUUGUUACAAAAGAAGCUGGACAAAAAUUAGCAACAGAAUAUGAUGUGACAUAUAUUGAAACAUCAGCAAAAACGGGAAUGAAUGUUGAAUUAGCUUUUUCAGCUACAGCACAAUGUCUACUUGAAAAAGAAUUAACACAAAAUUCAAAAUUAGCAUCAAAAACAUUAAUGAAUCUAGUACAAUUAAAUAAUCAAACACAUAAAAGUUCAUGUUGUCUAUUUUCAUCAUCAUGA